AAGACCUAACUGAAGUGAGGCAAAAUGGAUCACCAUGAAGUUAUAUUGGAGGCUGACAAAAUCCACCAAAAUCGGCUGUCAAGUGUCACGGACAAUGAAGAAGAACAAGAUGCAGCUUAUACAAUUGUGACAGUCCUGGAUAAAGUGGCCAACAUUGUGGACAGUGUGCAGGCAAGCCAGAAAAGGAUAGAGGAGCGACACAGAGAGAUGGAAAAUGCAAUCAAGACCAUACAGAUUGAUAUUUUGAAGCUUGCCCAGGCUCAUGGCAAUACAGGUUAUACAGUUAACAAGUUGCUUGAGAAAACCCGCAAAGUUAGUUCCACUGUUAAAGAAGUAAGGACACGCGUGGAAAGGCAGAGUGCAAAUGUACGGAAGGUUGAAGCGAAACAAGAGGAGAUGCUGAAAAAAAACAAAUUUCGGGUUGUAAUCUACCAGGAGGAAACUGAGUGUCCCUCAUCUCUCUCUGUUAUUAAAGAGAAGACAAGAGGUGAAAAUCUAGAGGAUGAUUUCUUCCCACCCGAUGAUCUGUCUUCUGAUGAAGAAUAUUACAUUGAAGAAAGCAAAGCAACCCAUUUCAAGAAAUCAGGCAUGAGGCGCAUAGACGAUAUCAAACAGGCAUUUUCAAGGGAAAAUAUCCAAAAGACAAGACAAAAUUUUAGAAAGAAAGUAAACAGGCUUCGAACUAGAAUAGUGACCCCUGAAAGGAGAGAGAGGAUCAGGCAGUCAGGAGAGAGACUGAGGCAAUCUGGGAUAAGGUUCAAGAAAACCAUUUCGCAAGCUGCCCCAAUGAAGGAGACAUUCAAGAUCCAUAAAAAAAAUAAAGAACGAGCAGUAGCUGAAGGUCAGGAGGGAAUUCAGGAAGGUGAUACACAUAUAGCUCCUGAGACUGUUGCAGCAGAGCCCUUCACUGAAGAGAUCUCUUAUACAGAAGUGACUACUAAGAUAAAGAAAGAAAAGAACAGUGGAACAAAAGGUGUUUCAGAGUCAGCUGAAAAAGUAGAGAGAAUCCCAGAAAUCAGCCUUAAGCAGGAAGGAAAAGGAGAAGAAGGAGGUGAUAAUGUCCCUCUACUAGACUUGAAACAAUUAGCAUAA